AUGCACGUUCGAACUGAUAAUCUUCAUUGGCAAGAUGAAGGUUCACCAGGUCCCUCAAAGCCACCUUCUUCAUGUGAACAAAAAGAGCUGAACGAACAGGUGUUGCCGCUGCGACUAGAAGAGGACUGGGUCUUUGAAGUUAUAGGACCUGUCUUGAAAACCACUCCAUCUGAAGGAGAAACUGAAGAGCCCCGAGAGCCACGAGCAGUCAGUCUAGCCGAUGAGCACACAGCUUUAGAGUCCCCUUUAAAUUGGGUUUCUGUAGCACCUUUGAGGCAGGGAACACUAAACCUGUACAACGUACUGGCAACACCUGAGAGCUAUUGGGAACAAGUGUUCCCGAAAACUGCAAUACCCGAUUUUAUUCGUGCCCGUCUUCAUCCCAUACCCAUAGGAGUGGUGCCUAUGACUGCAGACAAUCGAGAUCCACGAUUCUUCUAUCCUGACUCCUCACAUAAGCGUGACCCUAGGCAAACCACAUUCUUCUUAGAGGAGGAGCUGAAAGUUGGAAUGAACAGAGUUCUUUACUUCCCUAAAUCCGACUUUACGUAUGCCGCACCUUUCCUUGCUCGUGAGAUCGCAGAUGCCAUACUCUUCUCAUCAGCCGAACUUCCACAAAUCUUAAAGCGCUUCUCAUUGCCUACUGCCUCUGUUGAGGCUAAUGCAGUGCGUGAAACCUUAGCAUGGUGUGAAUCUUUAAGAGGCAAGGCUCAAUGCCUAACCUCUUUAGAGGCUGUAAUUGACUAUGCCACCCGAUCCACUAUGGACCGCAGCAUUACCACGCUCCACACUCAUAUCGACAAGGAUUCUGGGCUCCAAGCUUACACCGUGAAGCGAGUGGAGCACAAGGUUGCGACGCCUGACUCUACAGUGUGCCAUAACAUGGCGUAUCCUUAUGCCCUGUACUACUGCCACCAUGUUGGUGAGGGCAAAAUAUAUGAGGUGAGGUUGGAAGGAGAAGAUAAGAGCAUAGUGGAAGCGAUUGCAGCCUGCCAUUCAAACACUAGGACUUGGCACCCACAUUCAUUUGCUGCUCUUCCCGCAGGGGUGAAGGCGGAUCACAGUUUUGCUUGCCAUUUCUUACCUGACACCCACAUUGUAUGGGCCUAA